ACCAGGUACGCGCACGCGUGAGAGAGACCAAAGAAAGAAAGGGAAAAGCGGAGAGCGAGCGAAAGAAAGGCGAGUGAGAGAGAAGGGGGAGACCGACCGACCCACAGACCCUGCAACGCUGCGCCGAGGGCUGGGAAUCGGAGGCCGGGAAGCGCCUGUAGUUGCAGCCAGACGGCACGAUGCAGCCCCUGGGCCGUGCUGCGAUUGAUGUGCGGGUCCAGGAUGUGCAGAAGCGGAGGAACCCGAGCAAACACUACGUUUACGUUAUCCAAGUAAACUGGUCAGAUAAUACUUCAGAUGUAAUCUACAGACGUUACAGCAAGUUUUUUGACCUGCAGAUGCAGCUCCUAGACAAGUUUCCCGUUGAAGGAGGACAGAAAGAUCCCAAACUGCGUUGCAUCCCUUUCUUGCCUGGAAAAAUUCUCUUCAGAAGAAGCCAUGUGAGAGAUGUGGCUAUGAAGAGACUGAGACCCAUCGAUGAAUAUUGCAGGGCUCUGGUGCGACUGCCACCUAUGAUCUCACAGUGUGCGGAAGUGCUCCGGUUUUUUGAACCUCGUCCCGAGGAUUUAAAUCCACCAAAGGAAGAUUGUGGAGGGAUGAGGAAAAAAUCAGGUUCGGAGGCUGUCUCGGAGCCCAUGGUUCUGGAUCAGUAUAUGGUGGUCGCCAACUAUGAGAAGCAGGAGAACUCUGAGAUUAGCCUGAAAGCAGGGGAAGUAGUGGAUGUUAUUGAAAAAAGUGAAAGUGGCUGGUGGUUUGUGAGUACAACAGAGGAGCAAGGCUGGGUGCCAGCUACUUACCUAGAGUCACAAAAUGGAACCCGAGAUGACCUGGAUAUCAGGACAACAAGAGCUGGAGAGGUCACUAAGAGACGCAAAGCUCAUCUACGCCGGCUGGACCGGAGGUGGACUCUGGGAGGAAUGUGUAACCGCCAGCAAAGCCCAGAGGAAAAAUAUAUCACUGUGCAGCCAUAUGUCAACCAAGGCAAAGAUGAGAUUGGCUUUGAGAAAGGCGUCAUGGUGGAGGUCAUACAGCGGAACCUUGAAGGCUGGUGGUUCAUCAGAUAUCAAGGCAAAGAGGGAUGGGCACCAGCAUCCUAUCUGAGAAAAGUCAAAGAUGAACUCUCUCCAAGGAAAAAGCCUGUUAAUGGGCCAGUGGAGAUCAUUGGGAACAUCAUGGAGAUAAGUAACCUGUUGAACAAGAAGACAAGCAGUGAGAAAGACCUUCAGACUGAGAAUGAGUCCAAACUUUAUGAUCAUCCUCCACUAACUGCAAAGGAGAUCAGCCUUCCACUACCUUGUGAGCAGUCCAAUGGUGAAGUAACUGCAUUAAUGGCAACAGAAAAGAGAUUCAGCCGAGCCACACCAGGAUCCCCAGCUGUUGCCAGGAUCGCUCCACAAAGAGCAGAGAUAGGUUCCCCAAAUCUAAGGCAGAAGCCACCACCACGCAGAGAAGUCAGCAUGGGAUUUCAGUUGCCCAAGCCCCCAGAGCCACCUGCUGUUGAAGUAGAAUACUACACUAUUGCAGAAUUCCAGACACACAUUGCUGAUGGGAUCAGUUUCCGUGGAGGGCAGAAAGCUGAGGUCAUUGAGAAAAAUUUAGGUGGGUGGUGGUACGUGCAGAUUGGGCAAAAGGAGGGGUGGGCACCAUCAUCAUACAUUGACAAAAGAAAGAAACCAAACCUGUCCAGAAGAAGCAGCACACUAAUGAGGCCAAAAGUCCCUCCCCCAGCACCACCCACCAAAAGCAAGCCAAACUCUGAAGAAGCAAGUCCAGGAAGUGAUAAGGAAUUCACACAGCAAAAACCCAAGUUUGAAGAACCAGAGUAUGAUAUUCCUUCUGCACUCUUUGAUCAUGAGCCACAGAAUGAUCUGAGGUGUGCUGCUGAUGAACUAAUUAAAGAAGAUUUAUUAGAUCAACACCAGGCAGAGUCCAGCCAACAGCAGAUUAAACAAUGCCCAAGCUCAACAUUGAGAAAAGCUCACUUCAAAGUUGGUGAAUCUUCAGAAAGCUUGCCUUGUGAUGACCAAAUAAUGUGUACUCCUGGUGAUAAGGAUUGCAACCAAGAAGGAAGUAGUAAUAGCUUGGCAUCCAAUGGAGUCUAUGAAACUGUUAGUCAGGUUGUCACUGCUCUGUCAGUAACUGAAACCAGCUCUUCACCAAAAAACAGUUCACCAAAGCAUUCUCUAAAAAAUCUUCAGUUAAAAUCUGAGACCAAAAAGGACCAGGAUCUUGGAAAGAGUACAGAGAAUUAUUGCAAAUCUACGGUUGAUAUCAGUGGCUGCAUUACACAGAAACCUGGACCAAAAAGAGAAAAGGAGGCUUGUGAAACAAAUUCUCGCUCAGAGCAGAGAGCCAGUCCCAUAACAAAACCAAAGCCUUCUGUAAGACCAAAGCCUUUACUGGUGAAGUCAGAAGUGCAGAAUAUGGAGAUGAGCACCAUCAGACGCCAUCUUAGGCCUACAGGACAAAUUAAGCACAGCUCCAAGGGGGCAAAAAGUGAUGAUGGAGAAACCAACUCAUUAACAUCCUCUGAAAACUCAGAAGACUCCUUUACUAAAAGUAUAGUGGAUCUUUCAACAAAUGCAUCACCAGGUCAGUAUGGACUGGAUAUAGCAAGGCCCAGUGAGCAGGAGGCAGAGUCCUUGUACCAAUACAAGACAGUGGAUAAAUAUGAGAAAGUCCAGGAUAAUGAAAUCAGUUUCCCAGCAGGAAUAAUGGUGGAGGUUCUGGAAAAACAAGAUAGUGGUUGGUGGUUUAUUAGAAUUGGAGACUCAGAGGGAUGGGCCCCUGUCUAUUUCUUAGAGCAAGUGAGUGGCAAGCCUGCGGAGAGCAGUGCUGAGAUAGAAUCAUCUGGAGGUGAGAGAUCAAUGAAUGAAAAUCAACUCAACAGCACUGAGAAAAUAGACAAGGUCCAGAAGUUAAACAACAUCAACCUUGGUCUAAAGAGAACACCCCCAAUUCCUGCAAAACCCCCCGGAGGGUUUACUAGACUAGGAGGAAGCGUGAAUGGUUCAGUAAAAAUGAGAAAUGGUUUAAAACAGGCAGCCGUGAGGCCACAAUCUGUGUUUGUUGCCCCAUCUUGCAAAGAAAGUACCAACCUGCCUGGAUCACUCAGGAGGAAUGAAUCUAUGGUGUGUACAGACAAUAUUAGGUCUACAGUCAGCAUUCGCCGAAAUUCAUCCUUCAAUAAUGUCCGGUUACGGAAGAAGAUUGAUGAAUCUGACACCCUACACUCAUCUAAUUCAUCUCCCAUCCAAGCAAAGGGUAAACCUGCAGAAAAAUGUGGAGUUAUCGACCCAAAUGCCACAGGAAGGAUUUCCCAAAAAAAUGGAAUUCCUGUGUCCACUGUGAGACCAAAGCCAGUGUGCAUCCAGGAGAAACCACAGUUCGUGCAGAACAACUGGAGAGAGGUGUAUAUUGCAAUUGCUGACUAUCAGGGAGAUGAAGAAACCAUGGGUUUCCAAGAAGGUAGUUGUGUGGAGGUGCUGGAACGCAAUCCCAAUGGUUGGUGGUACUGUCAAAUAAUAGACAGUGGAUGCUGUCAAAAAGGAUGGGUGCCUUCAAAUUAUUUAGAAAAGAAAUACUAAUAUUUGUUUUAUAUAAAAUAUUUCUAAUUUAUAGAUGCAAUGUGCAUUGUCUAAUGGAACUACCAGGCAGCCCUACACGCCUGUCAUGGAAUAAAUGUUGCUAUAUUUCAACUGCUGGAUUGCUGAGCUAGUGUAUACCAGUAAGACUGUAACGUAAAUAUGAUAAAGUUUGUAGAAAGCUGCCUGCAGACAACUGGAAUCGUGCAGUGUGUUUGCACGUGGUGGCUUCACAGUGCUGAAGUUUCAAAGUGGACCCGAUUGUUUACAGCUGGAAAAAGGCAUGUUGCAUUUCCCACAUGCAACAGAUUUACUCAAAAGCCGGACCUUUGAGCAGAGUAGGAGUUUUAAGUUAAUUAUUAUUGCUGUCUAUUGUUUUAUUAUUUACUUACAAUAGAAUAGUCAGGAGUUAUUCCAGAUUAUUUUUUCACUGGUGCCUUUAGCAUGCCAUUAAUUCAUAAAUUAGCAUUCUUUCAAAUAUGUAAAAGAUUAUUCUGUUGAGGUCUAUUUUUAUGGAUGUGACGAGGUGGCAUUUAGCCCUCUCCAGCCCCUGCACUGUCUGGAGAAAGGGGAAACUUGGUCGAAAUCAACGUCAUCCUGGAUUGGAGGACUUUAGUUAUAAGGAGAGAUUGUAGAGGUUGGGUUUGUUUUCCCUGAAGUGAAGGAGACUGAGGGUGACCUCUUUCCCAUUGUAGGGGUAUCAAAAACAGGGGGACAUAGUUUUAGGUGAGAAGAAGUUUUAAAGGGUAUCUGAGAGGUAAGUUGUUUUUUACAUGGGGAGUUGUUGAUAUGUGGAACACACUGCCAGAGGAAGUGGAGGAAUCAGAUACAAUCAUUACAUUUAAGAAGCAUUUAGACAGACACUUAAAUAGGCAUGGCAUAGAAGGAUAUGAUCUGAAUGCAGACAAAUGGGAUUAGUAUAGAUGGGCCAAAAGGUUGGCACAGACUUGUUCUGUGGUGUACCAGUCUUAUGACUCUAUCUUCCUUUGCAUCAGGUGAGAUAAAUGACAUUUUUUUUUACCUGGGGAUGUGCAUAGAGCCAUAGAACCAUACAGCACAAAACAGGCCCUUCGGCCCACCAUGUUGUGCCAUCCAUCAAAAUACCCUCACACUACCUCACCCCUUCCUCCCACAUAUCCCCCCAUCCCACACUCCUCCAUAUGCCUAUCCAACAAGCUCUUGAACCUGUCCAAUGUAUCUGCCUCCACCACCACCCCAGGUAGUGCAUUCCAUGCACCAACCACUCUCUGGGUGAAAAACCUCCCCCUGACAUCUCCCCUGAACCUCCCACCCAUAACCUUAAAGCCAUGCCCUCUCGUCUUGAGCAUUGGUGCCCUGGGAAGGAGGCGCUGACUGUCUACUCUAUCUAUUCCUUUCAAUAUUUUAUAUACCUCUAUCAUGUCUCCUCUCAUCCUCCUCCUUUCCAGUGAAUAAAGCCCUAGCACCUUAAGCCUCUCCUCAUAUUCCAUUCCCUCUAAUCCAGGCAGCAUCCUGGUAAAUCUCCUCUGCACCCUCUCCAACGCCUCCACAUCCUUCCUAUAAUGAGGGACCAGAACUGAACACAGUACUCUAAGUGUGGCCUAACUAGAGUUUUGUAAAGCUGCAUCAUCACCUCGCGGCUCUUAAUCAAUGAAGUAAACAUUGAUAAUUGUUUAAGUUUUGCACAGUCACUAAAUUUCCCUGGUCCCUUUAUUGAUUCCACCUACAAUCUGAGAUAUUUUCAUUAUCUAUACAAUAAAGAAAUCUUUAGAAUGUCAGUAGUAAAAUUACAUUUGUAGUGAUCCAAAAAUGCAGGAUAUGGAUUAUAUACAUUGCUACUUUGGAGUGUUAUUAAGAGUCCCAGAUGUUGAAAAUUCAAUCAGCCCAUUAUAUUCUGCCUCUACUAUUCGUUUUUAACCAAAUCUGCAUCAGAAAGCAUGGAUUUAAUAUUCCUUUUGAACAUGUUGCAAAAACAGCAAUGACUGCAUAACAGAACACAGAAAACCUUAAAAAUAUGAGAGGCAGGAGCUUCAUCCACAGUUUAUGUGAUAUUUUUAUUUAUAAAGUAGUAAUUUUUUUGCUAUAUUUGUUUGGCAUAAAUUCUCCAGAGGACCCAAAGUCUUUUGUAUAUAUUGUGUUGCUGUAGGACUUGAUAUAACCAUCUACUCUGAUUCAAGAGUGACUGUAAAGAGAAAUUGUGUGAUGAGAUGUACCUCACAUUCUGCCAGACAUUCAAGGUCCUGUUACUGGAUAAUUGACAUUUAUUCAUGAAAGGCCACGGCAAAGGAUUUGAUUCAACAAGCUGAGCUUCAAAUCAUAGAACCAUAGAGUAAUAUAACAUGGAAACAGGCCCUUCAGUCCAAUGUCCGUGCUGACCAAGAUGCACAUUUAAGCUCGUCCCAUUUGCCUACAUUUGGCCCAUAUCCCUCUAAGCCUUUCCUAUCAAUGUACCUGUUGAAGUGUAUUUUAAGUGUUGUUAUUGUACCUGCCUCAACUUCUUCCUUUGGCAGCUUGUUCCACAUAUGCACCAUGCUCCGUGUGAAGAAGUUUCCCCUUGGGUUCCUUUUAAAUUUUUCCCCCUCAUCUUAAACCUAUGCUCUCUAGGUUUUGAUUCCCUUUCUCUGGGAAAAAGACUGUGUGCAUUCCCCCGAUCUAUGCCCCUCAUGAUUUUAUACACCUCUGUAAGCUCACCCCUCAGUCUCCUAUGCUCCCAAGGAAUAAAGUCCUAGCCUGUCCAAUCUCUCCCUAUAACUCAGUCCCUUGAGUCCUGGCAACAUUCUCGUAAAUCUUCUUUGCAUUUUUUCCAGUUUAAUGUCUUUCCUGUAACAACUUAACCAAAGCUGUCCACAAUAUUCCAGUUGCAGCCUCACCAGCGUCUUGUACAACUGCAACAUCAUGUCCCAACUCCUAUACUCAAUGCCCUGAUUGAUGAAGGUCAGCAUGCCAAACGCCUUCUUUACCAUCUCUCUACCUGUGACGUCACUCUAAGGGAACUAUGUACAUAGAACAUAGAACAUUACAGCACAGUAUGAGCCCUAAGGCCCACGAUGUUGUGCCGACAUUCUAUCCUGCUCUAAGAUCUAUCUAACCCUUUCCUCCCACAUAGCUCCCCAUUUCUCUAUCAUUCAUGUGUCUAUCUAAGAGUCUGUUAAGUGUCCAUAAUGUACCUGCCCCCACGACCUCUGCUGGCAGUGUGUUCCACGCACCCACCACCCUCUGUGUAAAAAAACCUACCCCUGACAUCCCCCUUAUAUCUUCCUCCAGUCACCUUAAACUUAUGUCCCCUCGUGUUAGCCAUUGUCGCCCUGGGAAAAAGUCUCUGACUGUCCACUUGAUCUAUGCCUCUUAUCAUCUUGUACACCUCUAUCAAGUCACCUCUCAUCCUCCUUCUCUCCAAAGAGAAAAGCCCUAGCUCACUCAACCUAUCCUCAUAAAACAUGCUCUCCAAUCUAGGCAAUAUCCUGGUAAAUCUCCUCUGCACCCUCUCCAAAGUUUCCACAUCCUUCCUAUAAUGAGGCGACCAGAACUGAACACAAUACUCCAAGUGUGGUCUAACCAGAGUUCUUUUGAGCUACAACAUCACCUCACGGCUCUUGAACUCAAUACCCUGACUAAUGAAGGCCAGUACACCAUACGCCUGCUUAAUAACCCUAUCGACCUACGCAGCAACUUGAGGGAUCUUUGAACUUGGACUUGUCCUCCAAGUCCCUCUGUUCUACAACAUUCCCCAGGGCCCUACCGUUCACUGUGCAAGUCCAACCUUGGUUUGACUUCCCAAAAUGCAACACCUUGCACUUACCUGGAUUGAACACCUUGGCUCACUUACUUGGUUGAUUAAGAUCCCCUUGUAUUUCUGAAACCCUUCCUCACUAUCUACAAUACCACUAAUUUUAGUGUCAUCUGCAAACUUACUAACCAUGCCUUGUACAUUCUCAUCCAAAUGUUGCUAUAAAUGAUAAACAACAAUGGGCCCAGCGCAGAUCCCUGAGGCACACCACUAGUCAUGGCCUCCAGUCCAAAAAACAACCUUCCAGCAUCACCCUCUGCUUCCUAUCAUCAAGUCAAUUGUGUAUCCACUUAGCUAGUGGAUGUAACCCAUGCGAUCUAACCUUCCAAACUAGCCUUCUAUGCAGGACCUUGUCAGAGGCCAUGCUGAAGUCCAUAUAGACAACAGCCACUAUCCUGCUCUCAUCAAUCCUUUUGGUUACCUCUUCAAAAACUCUUACAGAUUUGUGAGACACAGUUUCCUACACACAAAGCCACGCUGUCCAUCCCCAAUCAGACCUUGUCUAUACAAAUGAUGGGAGAUCCUGUUCCUCAGAAUCCUCUUCAGUAACUUACCCACCACUGAUGUCAGGCUCACGGGCCAGUACUCCCUGGCGUGUCUUUGCUGCCCUGUCUUCCAAAACUUCACCCAUGUCUAAAGAUGAUGCAAAUAUUCUGGAAGGGCCUCCACGAUUUCUUCCCUAGCUUCCCAGAAGGACUGAAGAUGCACUUGGUCAGGCCUUGGGGAUUUAUCGAUGUUAAUGUGCUUUUGUAUCGCCAAUACCUCAUGAUUGGUAAUUCACAUAUGGUCCAAUCAUUAUAACUCAUUUGCCUCAAUUUCUUAGCUUCAAUGAUCUUAAUGAUAAUAAAUAUUCAUUAAAAAUCUCACCCAUUUCCUGUGGCUCCACACACAGACGACGGCCAUGCUGAUCUUUAAGGGGACCUAAUCUCUCCCUAGCCACCCUUUUACUCUUAAUAUAUCUGUACAAUCUCUUGGGAUUUUCCUUGACCUCGCCUGCCAGAUCCAUUUCAUGCCCUCUUUUUGCCCUCCUGAUUUCUUUCUCAUGUGUACUCUUGGACUUAUACUCGUUGAGGGAUUUGUUUGAUCCCAUCUGCCUCAAUCAGUACUGUAGUGCACAAACUGAGCAUCUUAAUGUGUUGAAAACUGAAAUUGUAUGAGCUUUAUGAGGUGAAGAAAGGUACCAGUUAAAACUGACCUUGAUUUUGAUACUAGCUUUGGAACUGUACAUGGGCAAGAAAUCAGGCCAAGGUUUUUGGGAAAUAUAAUGGGCUGGAAGGGUAUAUGCUUCCUCGUCAGCAGGACAGUGCUGUGUAAAGCCUGCUGCCUCCAGUAAUGCUUGCUUUGCUGCCAGUGAUGUAAAAAUGUAUUAAUGGUGUGCAAAUUGGUGCAUCAGCAGAAUGAUGCACAGCCCAUUCCUGUGGGAACAGAGAAGGGUCCCCUUCAUAUUAGAUUAUUCAUAUAUCACACAAAUUUUUAAAUAUCACAGGUCUCCACUUUCAAACAUCAGUUGCCUAUCAGGAAUAAAGCAUUUUCUAAUAAUGCAGAACACACCUUGAAAUCACUCUUGAUAUUUUAUGUUUAUAAUAAUCUACAAGAAUUGGCGCAAUUAAAGUUUACAGAGCUGUGUUAGGUGAAUUCCAAACACAUUAGAAAUGUGUCCGAACAGUAUUACCUUAAUGCCCAGGUACUUCCAGCUCACUGAUAAAAUUGAAGGUUUCAUUUCUUCAAAACAAAUGCAUGGUGUUAUAAAGACUUGUACAGUUUCUUUUUAAAGUUGCCUCAGGGUUGGAAGAAUCUGCUUUUCUCAUGACACUGAUCUCAGACCAUAUAGUUAAAUUAAAACUGAUCUUCCCCUGCAUCUUAUAACCAGUUUUUUAAAUGUCACAAGAUUUCAGAAUUGGAUUCUGAAUGCAUGGAAACAGUAAAAUAAAACUUGUCCAUUAUCGUGUUAGAACUUUCUGGGUUCUUCCAACCUCGAGUUUCCACCGCUGUCUAAGUUCAGAAGGGAAUUUAAUAUAAUCAUCAUAACAUUUCCAUUGUGCUGAAAUAUACGUAGCAUAUGUGUAGAACUCGGCUAGAUUCAUCAUCAAUUUCAAUUUCAUAUUAUUGUAUCCAAGUAGAAUUAUUCACUUACUGUUUCACUUUUAUAAUUUUUUGCCAAAAAGAAACAAAAUGAGGAAAAGUGCAAUAUAGAAUUGGUGUAAAUUAUUGAGGGUAAAAAAAGAAAAUGAUGCUGGCCAAUUGUUGUUGUUGUGGACAUUUAUUGGAAAUUGAGAUACCUGCAAUUGGGAGGCUUGGAGCAGGUUCUGUACUUGCAUAAGUAAGCAACAGAUGUAGGAGGGGGCAGAUGAUAAGUUGAAGAUGGCAGUAUGACUGGGAUAGGGAGUAACAGGGUCUGAAAUCCAUAUCUGGUAAAACAAAAAUAAAAUACUACAGAUGCUGAAAAUUUGAAAUAAAAUCAGAACAUGCACAAAAUAUUCAGCAAGUCAGCCAGCAUCUGCAGAGAUGAAUACUUCAAGUUGAUGAUCUCAUGUCAAACCGUAGUACCUAAUAAAAGGUGUGUAACCCUGGUGCGAACAAUUGUGAUGAACCGGGAGGGCAUUUGUGCACACAAGGGGAAACAAAAUGGGGUUCAGGGAAAACUGUUCUCAGGCACUGCCUUUGGGAUGUAGGUUUCAAAUUUUGAUAUGAUCCUGUUUAUCUACAAACUGUGAUAUAAUUCUAUUGAGUUGAGUUGAGCUAAUGCCUCACUGUGUAUAUAGGUAUUGCUCGAUUAGUCUGGCAAACCAGCAAGAGAUAAAUUGUUUUUUUAUAAACCAUUCUUAUGAAGUAGUGCAGGAUUUAGGAAAUUAGGGGUCAGGGUUUAUUUGUGCCUGUCUCCUGUUUCUGUUGAUUGUAACCAACAGGAGGAUGGAGAGUGAAGGACGUUUCAGGAAUCUGAAUAUUAUUUCAGCUCAGAAUUGAUGCUUUCAUUUGUGGCUUAUGGAUCUAUGUAGUGAUGGGCUUUAGAGGGAGAGCAUGGUAAUGCUGAAUAAAAUUGAUUUAAUUGCUAUGAAUAACUGAGCUGGGCUGUUUCAGCUCAUCACUGGAAGUACAUAGGAGAUAAUGCAUGGGGUAGAGUGAAGGAGAUUUCAGCCGGCAGUAUUAUCUUCUCACCUGCCAAUGGAGGCUACUCUAAAAACAAAAGUGAUCAUUAUUGUUGGCUGUGUAGCAGUAAAGGCCAAAAUAAAGAGAAAAGAUUUCCUCAUGUGCUGUCUGCAGAGCAAUAGUACAAUAAAUAUUUAGUUUUAUGAUAAAAAGAAGAUAAAGCCACAGCUGGGCUCUUGCUGUCUCUUCAGUAAGUAAAACAUUCUUGGUGCUACUUUGAUUAUCAUGAUGGUAUUAUGUAUCUUGGAGGCUGUGUUACUGCUUUAGCUAUUGCUCAUAAUCUCAAUCUGUGUGACUCAAGAUGAAGUCAAAGAAACAAUGAACCAGUGCCUUCUCAACACCUCAGGAUUCCCCAGAGGACUUCACUGCCAACUAAAUACGAGUCACUGUUGCAAUUCAGAAAAUACAGCAGUAAGUUUACAGGCAGCAUACUCCCAAAGCAACAGAUAGGAGAUAAAUGACAUGUCAAAUAUGUUUUUGCUUUUUUAUGAUGUUGGUUCAAAAAUAAAUGUUAGUCAGGUAUUAAUGAAAUUCAAUGCUGCUGUUAAAAAAGUAUAUGGGAUCUUUCAAGUCCACCUGAGAAAUCAGAUGUGGCCUUGGUUGUAGUCAUGUCUAGAAGUAUCCUAACUGCAUAACAUUCCCUAAUAAUGCCCCUCCAACCAUGCAGUGUUCCUUCAUUACUGCCUUUCUGACUGUGUGGCUCUCCCUCAGCGCUGCCAUUCUGACAGGAGAACAUUCUCUCAGUGUUCUUAUUUCAAAGAUGCAGUACUCCUUGUGAUAUCCCACUGACAGUACUGUGCUUUUUCAGUACCACCUCUCUGACAUUGAAGCACUCCUUCAGUAUGAAUCCUCCAAUAGUGCUAGUCUCUUAAUACUGUGCCUUCAACACCACAGCAUUCCUUAAGUACUGCCCUUCCAAUAGUGCAGCUUUCUCUCAGUGUUGCUUCUCCGACUCAUCCAGCAUUGUCUCAUCUUAACAAAACACAAUAAACUAAUUCAUUUUAAUUGAGAUCAUUUCUGGCAUCUUCGAUUUUAGUCUAAAUAUUCCUGUGAGGAAUAUUAUUUUAUUUCUAGUACAAGGUUUGACUUUCCUCUGACCACAUCCUUUCAUUGUCAUAUUCUUUACUAUGAAUGAAAACCAUUCCAUCUCAAACUGUUUUAUCCAGAUGACUGUGACUGAUGGUGACAAUUCUUACUCAGCCAUUAAGUACUGCCACAACUCCGCAUUAAUGGAUGUGCCCGCCAGUGAACCAAGACAUUCAGACUGCAGCAGCUGACAAUGGAAGGAUUACAACAAUUUUCAGUUCAGUUUGCCACCAAUCUUGCACUUCAUUUCUAACACCUCAACCUUGAUCCAUGAUGAUGAUGGUAAGAACUUGAAUAAUGUGAGCAAAGGAAGGCCUCAUGGACCCUCAGCUGCUCAACCAUUUGGCAAAUUCACAGUUCACCUUGCAUCUGCAGUACCUCAACCAAUUUUAAUAAUCUUUAUUUCCCACAGUAUUCAAAACUUUAUUGAUUUCAGUCAUGAAUAUACUAAAUGACUGAAUAUUCUCAGCCAACUGAAGUCAAGAGUUUUAAAAAGAUACGACCCCCUGCAGAAAGAAAUUUGUAAUCUCAGUCUUAAAUUGCUGAACACUUAUCCCCAGAAAAUGUUCCCUAGUUCUAGGUACUCUAGCCUGAGGAAACUGUCUCUCAGCAUCCACCCUGUCAAUCCCUCAUGGAAUUUUGCAGGUCAUAAUGAAAUUAUUUCUUAGUCUUUUCCAGUGAUUGUAGGGCAAUCUUCCUCAAUCUCUCUCCCAAGGACAACUCCCUUAUCCCACUAUUCAAUUCAUAAAUCUACACUGCACUUGACUCCACGGAAGAGUUACCUUUUUUAGGUACAAAGACGAAAUCUGCACACAGUAUUCCAAGUGUGACCUCUCUAAAGCCAUGUAUAAUUGCAGCAAGUGUUUCCUACUUUUAUAUUCUGACCCUCUUGUAAUAAAACACAACAUACCACUUGCCCACCUAAUUGUUUGCUCUACCUAUGUGUUUAUUUUCUGCCUGUGAUGCAGCUACAUCUGUAUCUUUGGAUUUAUACUGUACAGUCACAGCUGCUAUUUUUCUUCACAUCUUAUAUCCUUAGUUAAUAAUGGUGCACUAUUGAAAAAGCCACAUGAUUAUUUCUUCAUUGCAAUAAAUUAUCCAACAUGCAAAAUUUUGAAUUUAUGCCUUCAUUGUAAUUGUAUAUGCUGGCUUUCUUUUGCUGUCUUUGACGAGUGGUCCAAACUAAAUAUUAAAAUAUAAAAACAAAGUACUGCAAAUACUGGAAAUCUGAAAUAAAAUCAGAAAAUACUGCCAGCACUCAACGUCAGACGGCAUCAGUAUAGAGAGAAAUGGAGUUAAUGUUUCAGGUCAGGGACCUUUCAUUGUUGAGUUUUAAUUAAAUGGAACAAUGUUUUUGUAUUUACAUACUGCUUUAUUGUAUUUCACAAAAUUGCAAGGCACUUUACAGCCAAAAAAGUUACCUUUAUAGCAUAAUCACUUUUUAAAAUAUAAACACAACAGCCAUUUUGCACACUAUCAGACCCUAGUAAUAGGAAAGAGAUAAAUACUGAAUAUUUAAUCUGAUAUUAUAUUGGUGGUAGUUAAGUAGGAAAUUGGCCAGGACAAAGUGGGUUUUCUUCUCUUUAAUCAUUGCAUCUAUCUGAACAAUGUCAACCAAAGAAUGACCUCUCUAACAAUGCAGCACAGCCUUCAUAUAGCAUUGGAGUAUUGGUUUAGAUAAUGUGCAGAUGUCCCAGAGUAGGCUUUGAACACAUACCUUUUGACUCACAAGAUAGUUACAUGGCAUUGAUUGUAUUCUAAAAAUAGAAAUGAAAGCUUAACCGUUCUUGUCUUCUCAUAAUUUCAGAGUUUUGUCGAAGAUUGGGGAAAUGGGAUAAAUGAGACUGCUUUAUCAAAGAGGUGGCAUUGGCACAAUUGGCUGAAUGGCCUUCUGCUCUAUAUGUGAAUUUGUGUGCUUUUAAUUCAUCUUCUAAUGUUAAUGAUUUGUGUGUGAAUAUACUUCCUUGACACAAAAUAUUUCAGUUAUGUUACCAUUCUUUCUACAUUCUUUGUAACUGGUUCCAAAUGUUGGACAUAUUGGAUAUUCAACAUGGACCACAGCCAAACCAAUCUCCAUUUUAGCAGAUAAUCAUACAUAACCUGCUGGAUAAUGAUCAGGAGUACAAUUCCUGCCUGAUUUGUGUUCCUCUUUCUGGUCCAUGGCUAUUGAACAUUCGCUAACCAAACAGAAUAGGAAAUUGAACAUGGUCCAUAUAGUUGUGUAGUUAUUCAUUAGCACAAUAAAGACAGCCUGGUUUAGAUGGAAGAAAACAGAAUUUCUUCUUUAAAGGCCAAGUGUUACUUGUUUUUAUCAAGCAUUUUGCCUUUGAAAUUAAUCAGUGGGGAAUAUAAUUUAUAUCAUUUAUAAAAUGCAAGAAGUUUUUGCAGGAAUAUUGACAGACGGUGAAGUAUGAUGUAGGGUUUGCAUUUACUGACAUUUUGUCUGUGGCAUGAAUAUUUGAAAGAAAACUACUACAACAUAUACUUUCAGUGUCCUUAGAAAGAACCUAUUCUUAUAAAAUAAGCUAGUGAUAAUGUCUCGUGUGACCUUCAUUCCAUUUGUAGCGCAGUAUCUAUUUUAAAGAUUCAUCUGACAUAAACCAUCCUAUUAUUUAAUGGCAAUAUUUAGGCCAUUAAUUUGAAACCGAAGUUACUUCUCCUUCAGGUUCAUUGCUUCAAAUAUUCAGCAUUGAUUCUUUUUCUAAAAUAACAAGGUUUUGCUUUAUGAAGCUUUUUGUAUAUUUUUUAAAGUGUCCAUGAUGUAUCUGUAACUCAGAAGAACCAAAAUGAC